AGUAAUAUUCCAAUUACAAGGGGAGGUCUUCUUUAGUGACUCGGAGUGGGUAGUAGUGACCGAUGUCUCGUUCGGACCCAUAGAAAACGCCCUGAACAAACUGCACCUUUGGUUCACCGACUCGGCCAAGAAGAAAGAAUCGCAGACGGAGGAAACGAAAUGGAGUGCACGGUUACGGGCGCAGAUGGUGGAAAGGGCGACGGACGGGUUGGAGCUAUUUGGACUUGUACGUGAACGGUACGACACGCUGCGGGAGGCGGUGGCCGGAGGGCCCAGGAGGGCCAAGAGAGGUAUUAUCGACGUCGGCGGUACCGCACUGCAAUGGCUGUUUGGGGUGGCGACAAGUCAAGAUCUAGAAGAACUUAAUGGUCAGCUGCAAGCCUUGGGAGGAGAAACGUCGGGGAUAGUAGGUGCGGUGGCUCAUCAAGCAACGUUAGUGAAUGAGACAUUACGAGAACUCGAGGAACAUGUACUGGCCAUGCAGCAGCUGGACAGAGCGCACCAAUCACUGGAGAAGGAAUUCAACAAAUGGAGACAGAAUGUGGUGAGUGCCGUGAACGCCCUAGAGAGUCAAGUGAUUAUGACGACGAGGGUGGAUGAAGCCUUUCGAGCUGCUCAGAAAGUUCUAGACUGGGCCAGCAUGGCAUUGGAGGACAUCGGCAUUGGUCUCGCCCUGUUGGCAACCGGCAACCUACCCCCGGAACUUUUCCCACCUACUCAACUGCGAUCGGUUCUUAAAGAAAUUCGAGCUUCUUUGGCGAUGGGUUGGGCACUAACAUCUGCUUUGCAGAACGGUGACCUGUGGAGGGCAUACCAGGAAGCCCGGGUCGUCGUAGCGGCAACAACAAACGGGCUUCGGCUAUUCAUUCAUCUGCCAAUAAUUGAGAUUACUAAGACAUUUGAGUUAUAUCGAACAUUUGUGUUGCCAGUAUUUAGUGCUGCAGGUAACGCGGGUCUUCAUUACGCACCCAUUCCCGCAUUUCUGGUGGUAGGGCGGGAUCGGCAAACAUUUAUUGAACUGACGGAAACCGAGGUACGCUCUUGCCAGGGAAGGGCAAGCUCGGUAUGUCCGCCCAGUAAAGCUAUCAACCGGAAAAAUUUUAAGAAGACUUGUGUGAUGGCGCUGUUCCUGCAGGAUACUGACAAAAAGAAGACGGAGUGCGAUCAUGUUGUAGUAGAAUGGAGAGGACCUGAAGCCAUUUACCUGGGCCACCGGAGAUGGGCAGUAUCAAUGAAUAAUCUACGCUCUCUUGUAAUGGAGUGUCCCCAACAGACAGAUUCGAGGGAUUCUUCGAGAGCAGAGCUGCCGUUGGUCGGCAUUGUCGAAAUCCCACACGGUUGCUCCAUUCAAACUGAUGAGUGGAUUUUGCAGGCCAGUAGGCAACACUCGUUAUCAUCCACUAGGAAGGGGAACGACUUUGUGCCACGUCUAAAAGAGGUAAACUGGGCUGUAGCUACAGACGCCCAACAACAAGGAAGCAUGACGAGCGGGAAAUCUACGAACUCAUCGCUGCAGGCUUCAUUAGAGGCGUCCUUGAAACGGAUCGGCGGCAGUCUGACGAACGCAGCUAGUUUUGGUAAAACUAUUCGUGCUUUGGAAGUAGACGACUCGGAGAGGGAAAAACGAGCAGCGGAACAUCAUAAAUAUCCAUUCGAGCUAUGGGGUGUGGGAGCAGCGUUGUUUAUGGUCAGUGUGGCUGUGUGCAGUAUCCAGUGGUGCCGAGGGAGAAAAGGAGACGUUAAUAUGGCUGACCUUCGGGAACGCCUACGGAUGGUGGAGGAGUUCGUCGAGGAAGAAGCUGAGAAGCGACGCGUGCGGCGGUGGAGUACCAUGCAUUGCCUUACGGAAAUAGACAAUCGUAUGGCAGCGCAUGAAGAGGCUUGCUUGACGACACUGCGCAAGCUGGAGUCGUCCUUUGAGCAUCUGGCAUGAGGAUGAUUUUUUUGUGGAGGGGGGGGGGUGUCAUGU